AUGGCGCCCCCUACUUUCCUUGCCGAUGAGCCGGCUCACAAGCGGUAUCUCGAGCAGGGAGCUGCUGGAAAUCUGGUUUUCCCAGAUUACGACCUAGAUACUGAGGGCGAUAUCAUCGUGGUGCCUGGCGAGGCAUUUUGCCGGGUCAAGGAUUGUAUCGUGGCUAAGACCGCGAGAGACACACGUAAUCUCCGCGCUCACAUUGCCAGUGCCCAUGGCCUAUCGGUAUCAAAGAGCCGUACAGGCAAUAUUUCUAUAUCUGAACGGCAGGCUUCCCGAGUAGACUGGUUCCGCUCCCUUAUUAGGGGUACCGAGGAGGUAGAAGUGGAAGGAGAGGACGUGGAAGGAGACGCGAUGGAAGCGGAAGAAGAUGUCGAAGUGGAAGAAGAGGAGCAGGAGAAGCCUCCUAUCCCGUUAACUGCAACCGACAGAAUCUCUAAGCUUAAUACCCGCCGAGCCUUAGUAGCAGCCGGCUAUGCUACUCUAGAUAGCUUUCCCUGUUCUAACUGCCAGGGCACUAAAUCUGCUUCUAAUUGCCCUGCUAACCCUCAUAUUUGCGAUUUUCACGAGUAUUUUGAUGUCAGUGCUUGCGUUAGCUAUCAGUAG